AUGCACAGUCCAUCCGGAACAAGACCAAAGAAGAGACUUGCGUGCGACAGGUGUCACUCACGUAAAUUGCGCUGCUCCGGGGACUUGGAUGGUUGCUCGCGAUGUCUGGGUGAUGAUUCAGUCUGCACUUAUAGCCCUGCUCUCAAGGUUGGAAGACCUAGUAAAGCAUCUAUGGCGGGCAGAGAGAUACAACAGACACAAUCUAUUUCUGAUACGGCGUUUUAUGGUGGUUUCUCGGAUGGAGAUGCAUUGACUGCAGAUUCGGGGAUAUCCAUGCCUCCGUCACCUCCACAGCUCGGCGAUAGUUGCAUUACAGAUCAUACAGCGCUAUUUGAUUCAUUCGACUUUACAAACAGCCUCGGCGACUUUAAUAGCACGCAUCCAUUUCUCGAUAUGCCCAUGAAUGAAGACCCGUGGUCUGUUCCGACAAGCCCACCUAUUGGUUCCAACGACUCCGUCAUUGAUCCCCGUUUACGUCCGGCGAAUGACACAACGAAUGCACCCAGCCCGCUCGAGAGAUUACCGGUCCUUCAGCAAGAACUUCUACGCACAAGACUACCGCCCGCUCAUGUGAGGGGCGCUAGCACUCAAUCUCGACCGGCGAAAUACAUAGAAGCAGCCAUGCGACCGGUGCAAGAGACCCUUGGCGUUGUAACCGAGUUACUACACCAAUGCGUGAAAAGCAAUGGCGAUGUCGCCGACUCAGUUUGCUCUAAUUGGCAGACAGUUCUUCACCUGGUUCUAACGCCCUUGUCUCUUCUACUGUCUACAUACGACCAGAUACUACACGAGAUCCGCAACGCCGUCUCAUCAUCAGUACCGAACCAAGAUUACACCCUGUUCGACUCAGUAGACUGCCGGGUCGCAGGCCUCAGGCUUGAUCCGCCUUUGAGAUUGAUCUUGCUUGCUACGGUGGUAGACUACCAAUUGAAACAUCUGUACCACACUGUGAGGACGUUUCAGUCCAAGUUUAUGCAUUCGGGAAAUUUGGGAAUAGCAGAUUGCAUGUCGUCGUCGACCAUGGCUGAGGUUCAGUCUACCAUUCGGUCGCUACUGGCGGUAACCAGGAACACAUUGCAACAAUCACAAGAGACAUAA